AUGUUCCGUUUCUUUGGUUCCUCUGCUUUGCCAGAAGAUGAUACAACAAGCCUCGAUAAUUACAAUUUUUACAUUAACAAACUUCGUUCUCGUCCACAAGGAGAUUUAAUUGAAAAUAUUCACAAGAAUUGGUUUGGUGAUUGGGAUUUGUUGGAAGAACAUCACGCCUAUAUUCAAUACUUGUUCCCAAUUAGAUUACAAGGAAUGAAUGCUUCCUCUCAACCACUCACUAAACAUGAAGCCUCCUUGUUGAGAUCCGAUGCUGCUGUCAAGGCUCGUAUCAUUCAAUCCUAUAGAUUAAUGCUCGAUUUUUAUGGUUUAGUUUUGGAAGAUGAAGUCAGUGGAAAGAUCAGUAGAAAUCCAGUCACAUACAAGAAGAGAUAUAGUCAUUUGAAUAGUUCCUUCCACAAUUAUUUGAGAAUUACUCGUAUUAUGAAGUGUUUGGGUGUUACUGGUUUCGAACAUUACAAACCACACUUUUUGAAUCAUAUGGUUGUUGAAAUGUUCAAGUACAAUAAUUUGCAAAAUGCUCGUGACUCUUUAAUCAAGUUUUGGCUUCCAACUUUGAGAAAAGAGGAACAUUUACAAUAUUUCGACAAUCUUGUUGAUGAACUCUCUCAAGGAAAGAGAAAGGUCAAUAGAGAAGGAAGAGAUGGUUAUGGUGAUGAAGUGAAUGAUCAAAGUUGGCAAACCGAAUACUAUGAUAGUAAUUUCAAUGUUGACUUUGCUGAUCCAUACUUUGCUAAUAAGGAUGUUCUCACUCAUGCCAAUGAUCCAUACGCAUCUAAUCAACACAGAUAA